AAUUACGCCAUAGCAGCUGCUGUCAUUAUCCUUUGUGUUCCUCUCUCCAAUAUCCAUCUGCAUCUACUAUCCAAGUGGAGGCCGUUGAUUGCGGGUUGCCUCCUCCACGUCCGAACCAUGUCAGCCUAGGUGGUCAGGAAUUCAGUUUGUCAUCACGGGAGAUGCCUUGCUGGGCGGGUCGCGUAUGACGGAGUUCCCAACCAGGCAUCGAUAUAAUACAACAUGGCGCCAGAGAAACCACUUCCUGUCGAAAGCCUGUUACCGUUCAAGCAGAACCGCUCCCCCGAAACACGGGCCAUUCUCCAAGAUGCUCAGUUUCAAGACUCGAACAGCCACAGUCAGUCCCCGGAAAGUCUGGAAGACGAUGAAGGCUCAGGCAACGAAAAGCCCAAACGGCAGAAGCGGUCACGUGCGUGCGUGGCUUGCAGAAACAUGAAAAUCAGAUGUCUCCCCGUCGAGGGCCAAGAUGCCUGCAAUGCAUGUGCCAAGGUCAAUCGUGAAUGUGUCAUGCCAGGGCCCCCGCGGAAAAGACAGAAAACAGUCCACAAGGUCGCCGAACUGGAGAAGAAAAUAAACGCCUUGACCGACGCUUUGCUGGCCAAACAGCAGUCGACAGAUGGCGCGAAGCCCGAGGAUGAAUCGCCUCCCAAAGAUGCCCCUACCAGUGGGAGCUCGGAACCAGCCAAGACUGACGACACCUCCAAUACCAGCCUGGACACCUAUCAGCGGAGCCUCAUGGAAAGGGCAUUGCGGCCCACCGCUCAACCAGAAUUCAACAGAGGUUGCAACCCGGUGGAUGUGGAGCCUAUUGCUAAAGACGACUAUGUCGAUGUCAUUGAUCGCGGCGACUUGAGCAUGGAGAGCGCGACAGCGAUGUUCAACCACUGGAUGAAGGACAUGUGCUCUUCUUGCCCAUACGUCGUCUUUCCUCCCGACACCGACCCGCAGGAACUUCGAAGGACCCGACCUAUAACGUUUCUGACCAUUUUAGCCAUUGCAAGCCCUGUCGUGCAGCCUUCCGCCCAGACAGCGCUUACCAUUGAGAUUAAUCGGCAGAUUGCAGAACGAGUGCUCUUUCACGGCGACAAAUCAUUGGAUGUGAUUCAGGCGAUGCUGCUGAACUCUCAGUACUAUGUACGACCGCGCACGGCAAGGGAUCUUGCCUUUAAUCAAAACAUCCAAUCAGCCAUUUCCCUGUCUCUGGAAUUAGGUAUAGGCAAGAGAUCGAAGCUGAAAAGAAGUCCGGCCGAAGAAGUUGAACUGGCCCGGACAUGGUUGGCCUGCUAUCAGGCUAACAUAAAUGUCACCACCAUCCUUCGUCUCCCGACCCUCAUAAGGUUCAGCCCACGCACAGAAGAGUGCCUGGAGAUACUCAGAACCAGCCCCCAUGCCGCCCCGAGCGACAGAUGGCUGUGUGCCACCGUGGCGCUGGCACGUCUUGCCGAGGAAGUUGCUGCAGCUUUCAACAUGGACGAUCCUGGCGCCGAUCUCGAUUUUACAGAGCCAAGGGUGCAGUAUCAGCUGAAAUGCUUUCAGCGGCAAUUGCAACAGUGGGAGAAGGAUACUGAUGUCGCGGUGGAUCAUCGACUUGUGCAACACCAAGCAGCAUGCCUCAACCUCUAUAUCCACGAGAUCGCUGUGCACUACGACCACAACGUAGAUGACUUCCGACCUGGAGUCCCUCCGUUGGAGCAGCGCAGGGCACCCGACUUUGUGACAUCUGCUCACAUUGAGGCUUUGUCGACUCUCUUAGAGAGCAGUCACCGAGUCCUUGACACCUACCUCUCUCUCGAGGUCAAGUGUGCUCGAAACCUGUCCAAUCUCUACAUUGUCUGGAAUGCCUAUGCUGUUGUGGUAUUGAUCAAACUGCACUGGAUCUUCAACUCCCCAGAGUCCAAACUCGGCUCGGUCUUUGUCCCUGACUUGAAGACUGGAUAUUAUUUGGAUGCUGUUCUCAAUCGACUAGGUGAAGUGUCAGCCGGUGGCGGGAAUCCCUGUGCAGAAGCUUUCGGAUUCGUCUUCAUGAAGCUCAAAAUCUGGCACAUACACAGAUCAGGACAGCUCUCGGAUGACGAGCAAGGGCAAGAUGAUCAGACACGACGUCGGCGAGCAUCCAGCAUUCUGCGGCAAGACCCCGCGUCCAUCAUUGCCUCCGCAAAACGGAUGGAAUACCCUGGGCUUGGAAGCGCCGCGAACCUACCACCGACAAGGCCUUAUACACCAGCUCUGCUUCCUGGCGGAGGUUGGACGAAUGUGGACAAAUUUGGCUCGAACUUGAACGCCGCGUACGAUGCUGCUAGCUACGGAAACACCAACUGGGACCAGUUCAAUUUUAGCACCGAAGAAUUGGAUAUGUUUGAUAUUUACAUGAACAACAGUGGAUGGAUGGGGUAUCUGCUUUAGGGUCGGUUCUCUGGCAUCUCACACGCGAUGUCUAACCUAGAGACUGGCCAAAAAUCAUUGUGCACAACUGCUAUCAAAAUAUUAGAUGUUCUCGCGAGGUGAAGAACACCAAAGGCUGCAAAAAUUCACAACAACGAUUUGUGCGAGAAACUCAGCUCCAUCCGAUAACCCCUUCUCCAAGAAGCUUUCUCCUCCGACCAUCGACAAUCGAUACUGUCCGUCCCACAACCCCAUCUCCGCCGACACCGAGAUUGAGUCUCACGUCGACAGUUGUGGAAUCGCUGGCCGUAUCGACGAAGAACGAAUACAAGACGGGGUUGGACGGGUCAUAUUCGUCUUCCGAGUCCGAGUCGAGCCCAGAAUGUGAUGGUGUUGAUAGGGGUUGCCCAUAUUUGCUGAGUGAAGAGUCGUCAGCAACCUAAAUGCCGCACAAACAGGGACAGGGGACGGCGUCAUACGUACUGUAUUCUCACGUUCAAGAGCGCGUCCGGCCGCCAGAAGUCUGAACCGCUACCUGCACAUUGGAGGGUGGUUGUGGUUGCUCCUGGCGCUCGAUUCGACAGUUUCAGUCUACCUCGAAACGACGAUUGUGGAUUUGGAUGGAUGACGGCGAUCAGGUCGCCAGACUCGGGAGCUGGAGGAAGAUGAGAAUCGCCACACAUGUCUUUUUGCUGCGUCGCACAGGUUCAAAUGUUGGGUUGAGCGAUGAUAGUUACGAUUUACUGUAUGAGUAUAGCACGCAAAUGGUCCUGAUGGGAAUGUGCGAGAGGCCACAAGAUAUACGACUGGGGCACCCUCAUAUACUCUCCCCUUGGGGACAUGGGCGGAGAAACCUGAUGCAUUGUUUACGAGGAAUAUCUGCUCAAAGAUCUCCAAUCAAUCAAAAUCCAAAACGAAGAA